CGUCGAAGGGCAGUCGUUUCAAAGAACAGUUUCUGAUUAAUCCAAAAAAANNNNGUGAGAGAGAGAGAGAGAGAGAGAGAGAGAGAGAGAGAGAGAGAGAGAGAGGUGUUUGCGGAGAGGCGAGGGUUCGCGGGUGGUUAUUGGGUAGGGUGUGGGAGAAAGAUCUAGAUGCAGGCGUUGUCCGGGGCAGGAAGGGUUUUGUCGAGUAACAUCGAAUCGUUCAAAGACUUUCUGGACUGUACGAGUCUGCGGGUGAGCAUGAGUGAUCCGUACCUGGACGUGCAUCUCCCGCGUCUGAGGUGUCCUCGGGCCGGUGGAAUACGAAGUCCUUGUAAAAACGAUGGUUUGUGUCCUGCGCGAACGCCACGGCGUCGAUACGGUCGCCUUGCUGCCGGAGCGGCCGUUGCCCUCUUCACACCUUACCUGACAUCUGCUAUUGCUUGCCAAGGCUUUCUGUAUUCUGCAAACUCGUCCCCCUCCUCCUCCUCUUCCUCCUCUUAUCCUUUCGCUUGUUGGCCUUCCCAACGCUCUCUUCUGCGCAGCAGCAGUAAAGGCGCCGGAGCCGCCGCCACGAACUCAGACCUGCGUCCCCUGAGAAAGCGCAGGGCUUCGAAAAUCUCCACGUCUGCCGGCGACCGAGACGGCGGCGACGCCGUCGAUUGGGAUGACGAGGAAACGGAGACGGUACAAGAGGCUCGCAGCCUUCAGCUCGGUGACACCGUUGAUGACGAAGAUGCGGAUUUCGACGAUCAGGAUGAUGAUGAACUCAAGCGCGUGCGCGGGGCGAGUGCGGAACGCAGCGAGUCGGUAAUAGAAGAGCUGCUGCUCUUCUUCUUCCAACUGGAUCUGGGCACUCGUCUGCAGCGUGCGCUGAAUCAAGACCAAUACGAGGCGGCGCAGCAGUUGAGGGAGAAGAUAGCGGAGGUGGAGAGGGAGGUGGCGAGGCAAAGGGCGAGCAAAGCGGGGGCGGCGGGGGGGGGAGAGGUGGGAAGUGAAUGGGCCGGGGUAGGGGGGAAGGCGGCGGACCAGACAUUGGCGGCGCUGCGGGUGAGAUCUGACUUGCAGAGAGCCAUCGACGAAGAGCGGUACGCGGAUGCCGCGAGGCUGCGCGAUCGUCUCCGCGAGCUUCAAGCGGAGUCGUUGGCCAUGUCGGCGCAAUCUUUGGCCGGUAAUGGGGUGACCUUUCGCUUCCGUUUGGGCCAGAGAGUCCGCCAUGCGCUCUAUAAUUAUCGCGGCGUCAUUUGUGGGCUUGACGCGGUCUGUUACGAGAGCGAGGAAUGGGCCAAACGAGCUGGGAUUGCCAAAACGCAACGGGGAAGGAACCAACCUUUUUAUCACGUCCUCGGUGACAUGGGCGAGACAUCGGGCUUCAUAGUGACGUACGUUGCAGAAGACCGUCUCUUAAUCCCACCAUCGCCAGAACUCGAGGAUUUUGAGCAUCCGUACACGUAUUUGCUCUUCUAUGGAAAAGACAAGAUGGGGGACUAUAUCCCGACGAAGCAGUUGAGGCAGAAAUUCAAUGCGCCGCGAUACGAAGUGAAAGACGAGGAUCGGGGUCGGGGUCGGAGUAACCCGAGGGAGCGAAGGAAUGAUGAUGACAACGAGGAAGAGGACAGGGGGAGAGGACGGGUCGUGGAGAACAGCGAAGAAGACGGCCGGAGCGCAGAGAGCGGUGACGAUGACAGCGACAACUCGUCGAUAUCGGGUAGUGGCAGCGGGAUGUAAAUAGCCAAUGACCUUUUUUUUGCUAGAGAAGUUCCCUUCCUUACUCUUCUGGCCUUGCUCCUGCCGUAUGUUUCUCUCUCUGUCUCUCCUACUCUCUCUCAGUUCCUUUCUUUCUUUCCAUGUUCUGCCUCUUCUCCUGCUCGCCUAUGCUGUCUUCAUUCACACAAUUGGCUCUAUUGUAUCUGCAUUUGGGCCCCUUCGUCCCCGCCCCUCUCCUACCUCUACACGUUCCUUGGCAACCCUCACGGCGAAGGUAUCUGACAUAACUUGGUUCUCUUUUGAUUUUUUUCUCGGUUUCUUGUUUUCUUGCUGCCUCCUCUUUCCUCUUUGCUUCGUUUGCGUCUCUCCUCUUCCCGGCCGCGUCCCCUCUGUCUGUUUCUCUCUCCUCUCCCUUUCUCUUUCUCUGCUUGCCUCCCAGUCCCCCGAUUUGUUUCGCCACGCCCUUUGUAACACGUGGGAGGUACAGCUGUAGACGUUGUUGGAGCUUCCGUGUCUUUUCGUUGGUUGGCUGUCUGUAUGUAUGUGUAUGAAUUCGCACUUGCGUGUCAGGAAAACAGAGAGAGAGAGAGAGAGAGAGAGAGGAGAAGGUUUGGGUUGUUUUAGCAUGGAAGUAUAUAGAGACCUAUUUUGUAACUUUACGGGCGGGUGUACCAAUAUUCGGGAAUAGGGGAGAGGAGGGAGGGGGGGGGGGGGGGGCGGCUUUGAAUGGCGCCGCAGUUUAGUAUGAGCGCCGUUCCUGAGGCUCUUGAUGGUUGAGAGAGGACGAUUAUUUGGGCUUCUUGGAAAAGCAAGGCGGGAUUUCUUGAUAAAAGCAGCAAAUGGUA